UGUCUCUCCACCGUUCGACUAUCCCUCGCGCGCCCGACGAGUUGAAAACAUCCUCGCGCUUGGGAGGUGAUCCAGGAUUUCGGGAAGAGGAGAGGACGGGGAGACAUCACCCACACACUGAGCGACAACCAUGCAGACACUCGGGGUCCCUGUUGUGCUGCUCUGGCUCAUCUGGGGCCACUCCUGCGCUCUCGGCGGAAAAGUGAACAAGCACAAGCCGUGGAUAGAAACAUCAUACCAUGGUGUGAUCACAGAGAACAUGGACACGGUGCUGCUGGACCCUCCGCUGGUAGCUCUAGACAAGGAUGCCCCAGUCCCCUAUGCUGGGGAGAUUUGUGCCUUUAAGAUCUAUGGUCAAGAUGCUCCGUUCGAGGCAGUUGUGUUGAAUCGCACAUCAGGAGAAGGAGUCCUGCGGGCCAGUCACCCUGUGGACUGUGAGAGCCAGAAAGAGUACACCUUCAUAAUCCAGGCCUACGACUGUGGGGCCGGACCCAGCGGGGCCGACUGGAAAAAAUCCCACAAGGCGGUGGUUCACAUCCAGGUGGAUGACGUCAAUGAGUUCUGCCCCGUGUUUCGGGAGCCGCUUUACAAGGCAUCAGUAACAGAGGGCAAAAUCUACGACAGCAUUUUGCAGACUGUUACCCUGGUGACAGGUAACAUCAGAAACACAGAGCGGCUGAGCUAUGACAAGCAGCAAAGCUACAAGAUUAUGGUGACGGCCUUUGACUGUGGUCAGAAGAGAGCAAAGGAAGAUGUGGCUGUGCAUAUUGAUGUCAAGCCUGUCUGCAAACCAGGAUGGCAAGGUUGGAACAAGCGGGUGGACUAUGAGCCAGGGACUGGAAGCAGGCAGCUGUUUCCCAAGAUGCACUUGGAAACAUGUGGCGGUCCCCUGUCUGGCGUGAAGGCGAUGGUAGAGCUACAGACUAAUCACAUUGGGAAGGGCUGUGACCGGGAAACCUACUCUGAGAAAUCUCUGCAGAAACUCUGUGGUGCAGCAUCAGGCAGCACCGACCUCCUUCCUGCUCCCAGCCCUUCCACAAACUGGACAGCGUCUCUGCUGACUGACAGCGGCCGAGACAGUGACCUCAUCUACAGAUUCGACGGACGACAGGCUGCUAAUGUUCCAGAUCACGUGGUGCCCCAGAACCUAACGGACCAGUUCACCAUAGCAACGUGGAUGAAACACGGGCCCAGUCCAGGACUCAGAGCUGAGAAGGAAACCUUACUGUGUAACUCUGACAAGACCGAAAUGAACCGCCACCAUUACUCUCUGUACGUCCACAACUGCCGCCUGGUAUUCCUGCUCAGGAGAGAUUUCACUCAGGUCGACACUUUCAGGCCUGCCGAGUUCCACUGGAAACUGGAGCAGAUCUGUGACAAGGAAUGGCACUAUUAUGUGAUCAACGUGGAAUUUCCUGCAGUGACACUGUUUGUGGAUGGUGUCACCUAUGAACCCUACCUGGUGACGGAUGACUGGCCCAUCCACAGUGCCAAGAUUGAUACGCAGCUGACUGUGGGUGCCUGCUGGCAAGGUGGGGAGGUAGGGACUCCGAGGUUCACACAGUAUUUCCGUGGCAGCCUGUCAGGUCUGACAAUCCGACCAGGCCGCAUUGAAACCCAGAAGGUUAUUUCCUGUUUGCAAGCCUGCAAAGAAGGUCUUGAUAUUAACUCCCUUGAAAGUCUCGCAAAGGACAUCAAGUUUCAUUUUAACCCUGCCCAGUCUGUGCUGGUGGUGGAGGGAGAGGAUCUGGACAGCAUCAACACAGCCAUGACCAAGGUCUCCUACAUUAACUCUCGCCAGUUCCCUACGCCAGGCCUCCGACGGCUACACAUCACCACCUCAGUGCAGUGUUUCGGCGAGGACACGUGUCUCUCCAUCCCAGACAUCAAGUCAGUAGUUAUGGUCCUGCCGCCCAGUGAACCGAGAAUCACCAUUACAGGAUCUAAUCGGCUCGUCAGGCCUGCCAGUGACCUGCGGGGCCCGCUGGGUGUGGCACCCUUCAAAGAGCUUCACAUCACCAGCACAGUAAUGAAGGGAGACGGCUUCGGAGGAUCUCGCAGACCAGGUGUGAUGGAGGUGAUGCAUAACCUGGACUACUGCGAUGUGCUGGUAAUUGGCGACGAACUGAAUCCGGAGAGAGAGAGUCUGGAGAUUCAUCACAGUGUCUUGUUAGGAAAACACCUGGAUGCCACCAACUCCACCUCUGGAAUAUCAAUAUAUGGUGUGGACUCCAUGGCCCACUAUGAGCAAGCACUGCGACAGGUGCGCUACAGGAACUGGCGACCUGCCACCUUGAGUGAACGCAAGUUCAGACUCACCUGCUCUGAACUCAACGGGCGUUACACCAGCAAUGAGUUCAACUUGGAGGUCAGUGUUCUUCACCACUCAGCACCUGUGGAACAUGUCAAUCAUAUGGCUGCCCAACCUCAGUACAUGAGACCCGUCCAUCACCCACUCAUGAUACACACUCUCAACACACACAUGUCAGGACCAGCACCUCCAGCAGCCACAGUGGUUAUUGUGGUUUGUAUCGCCGCCCUGGUGGUGAUUGUGGUGAUUGGCGUGUACAGGAUCCACGCCACACAUCAGGAGGGUUCUAGAGACGACGAGGACGAGGUCAAAGACAGCGAAGAAGACUGGGACAACUCUGCACUCACCAUCACUGUCAACCCCAUGGAGAACAUAAGAGGAGCUCAGGCGCAAGAUGAGGAGGUAAAAGAAGAACGUGAGGAGGAGGGAGAAGAAGAGGAGGAGGAGGAACAGGUGGGAGGAAUGACAAGUGCCGAGUCAGACAACAGUGACGAAGACGAAGAGGGUGGAGAAGAUGUAGAGAGAGAAGAGAUUAAAGAGAGGAUGCAGAAGGGAAAACUAGAGUGGGACAGUUCCUCCAUAACAUACUGACCACACAUCCAUGUACCCGCACAUAUAAACACUCUUUACAUGUUCGUCUAUCUCUCCCUAUGAAACACACACACACACACACACACACACAUGCAGACAUUCCCUCACAUUGGUUACAUCUUCUCACACACACGCUCACAGCAACAAAAUCUCUGAUAAAAUUAUUUAUAAUCUGUUGCUGGAAAAAAAACACUUUAAAUCUUCCCACGUUGUCAUUUUUAAUGGCACAUCUCCCUCUGCUGGACAAAGUCAGAACUACAGAAUCAGCUGCUGCCCUGCAGUGCUGGAAAACAUUGUCUGUACGUACAUUAUUAUUAUUCACAUCACAGUCAAUGAGGCAAAAUAUAUGAUGAAUAUCAAACAAGCACAGUCUCCUCAUUACAUGUGCAGAAUUAACUGAUUGAACUGGAUCUAAACUCUUGAAUAUAGUGACACAAAUUCUCUCCAGUUCCUACAUUAACACAAAGAUAAUGUUGGCUUUCAUCCCAACUUUUAAUACAUGCAAAUACACGUGUCCUCAGAUUACUGAUAUAUUGUUUAUGUUUUAAAUCCACUGUCCACAAGAUGGUGAGUUAUCAGCAGACUUAUCUGCGAGAUGUAUCCAUAUACAUAUCCAUUAGUUUACGUAUCCAUACACUGUUUUCAGAUCUAAUUCCUUUGGCCUAUAUAGUAGGUAUAACAUAGCUGUACUGUCACUCGCUGUAUAUCCUCCGUUCUCAUCUUUGACUCAAACCGUUUCGUCUGUGUGAUCAGUGCUGAGUUUCUCUAAGUACAUCACAGUGCUGUGCUUCUGUGGCCUGGACACUAAAGAGAAACAACAUCCUGGAUAUCUUAUCUCUCACCGUGUACAUUCCACAUUUUGUCCUGAAUUUAUAUACAAAGCAGAAUUAUUAACUGUUUAGUAUCUUCCACCUUUGGUUUCUCAGAAGUAUUUUGAAGUUAAAAUGAUCACUGCUCCGUCAGCUAAUGAGCCGAUGGAAAAAGUUGAUCGUAGUUCUGAUACUUGUAGAAACUAAAGAGCUGUUUGUUUGCAUCUGUCUGUGUACCAAAUCUAUCCAUACUGUGGCCUAUUGUAGCUCUUACUGUUUAGGGUUAGAUCAGUUAUCUUUCUUUUUUCAGCAGAUGGAAUUAUACAGAGAUGUUGAAUGCUACUGUUAUCCCGUCUUUACGUUGUUGUUUUUAAUUCCAUGGUAAUGGGAGCCCUCUAUGCAAUUAUGGGCCCAGUCUAAAGGACCAGUACACAGAAACAGGGGUACUCCAGCAAUUUGGUGCUGAUGUUGGACUCAUGAGGGACAGAUUUGGGAAAAAAGGCAGAGAUAUCCUGACUUUCGUGCCUAGUUUGGGUGAAUCUCCAAAAACACUGGAUCCUACACUUCCCAUGAUGCAACUCAGUAGCAUCUUUUCUUAGAUAUGCCUGACAAAUGCACAUGGGCCGGUUUCACAAAGAUAGACUUUGACCGUGACUUCAAACUUUCAGUCCUAAGAUAGGUGUCUCUUUGCAUGAAGUUGUCAAGUUCUUAAACAUCUUGAGGUAAAACUAAUUCGCCAAUUUACUAGAAAAUAAAACACGACUGUCUUAGCUUUCAGAAUAUGAACCACUUAUCUCCAAAUUCAGAUGACAAAUACAAUUUUGAAGCUUGUAAAGGCAUGAUGACAAACUAGCACCACACUCUAGUCCGACUCAGCACCACUGUCCCUCCCUCUAUCAAAUCAAAUCAAAUUUUUCUUUAUAUAGCACAUUUUACACAAAGUAAUCUCAUUGCACUUUUGCAUGAAACAUCUGUGAGUAAAAACAAAUUAAGUCUUGAGAGCUGCACAGACUUACCCUGUCACACACACACACACACACAGAUUUAACCAACUAGUGAAGUAUCGUCAAAGUCACACAGUCCCUGUCAGACCAGAUCUGCUCCUCAGGCCGACCACUAAGUCCGUAUUUUUUGGGAGGCCUCUGUCGAGAGCCAGAGGACGGAGACAUGGCCAACAGUUCUUUUUGUGGGUCCAUACCGACGUGACGAGGCCGACCAUGAGGCAAAGUUCAGCUGCUCGUUGCAGGAGCUGCCCUCACUCAUGGAUCAAAGAGGAGCAGAAGCAGUAACUAAGAUCAAGGAGAGUUAUGGAGAUGUUAAGGGCUGUGUGCCAGACUAAGAAUGUCACCGGUCGAAGGUUUAAAUGGAAAGUGGAGUUUGGACAGAACCUCAACUCGCCUAAAAAGCCAGAAACGUUUGUGCAGUUAGGGUGCAGGAUGUGACACUAAUCUUCCUGGAGGUGGCAGCGACUAGUCCUUUCUUUCUCUACUAGUCCUUUUUUACUACAGACCGCCCGAUGGUAACAGAGAAAACUGUGGCAUAGCGGCUGGCAGCGUGAAGGAGGUGGGUGAGGUGGAGACUGGAUGGAUCGAAGGCACUGCCAUCCUGCUUUCGGUGGUCUGCGCGGUCCUGGUUACAGCAUUUAAUGACUGGAGCAAAGAGAAGCAGUUCCACGGCUUCCAGAGCAGGAGUAGAAGUUCAUCAUGGUCCGAUGGGGCAGGAGAAUGAGAUCUAAGUAUCAGAGAUCAUCGUCCGAGACAUUGCAGAAGCCAAAUAUGGUGACCUCCUCGCUACUGACAACGAUCUCAAGAUUGAUGAGAGCUGUCUGACUGGAGAGUCGAAUCAUGUCAAGAAGAGCUCCAACAAAGACCCCUUGUUGAUGUCAGGUACUCACGUCAUGGAAGGCUCUAGAUGUUGGUCACAGCUGUACGUGCGAACACUGGAAUCAUCUUCACACAAAGAAGGAGAAGUCGAUCCUCCAGGGGAUGCUGACCA